AUGUCCUUGUCAACAUCUUACAUAUUAAAGCUUGUAGCUACCAAAUUCACAAUUCUGCUUGCAAUAAGACCAUGUGUUUUUGCAGCAGGACAAAUGAAUUCGAAGCCACAGAGUCAGUUGAGAGUUCGAGAUAGGAUCAGUGAUUUACCGGAUGCAUUUCUUUGGCACAUCCUUUCGUUUCUUGACACAACAUAUGUGGUGAGGACCUGUAUUCUGUCUACAAGAUGGAAGAACAUAUGGGCGUAUUUUCCUACUCUAGACUUUGACCGGAGAUGUUUUCAUGACCCUGCUAAAUUUUUAGCAUUUGUUGAUCAUGCACUUUUCUUCCGUUACUCAUCAAAUAUUGUAAAGUUUCGGCUUUGUUUGAGGGGUCUUGAUGUGGACCAGUCUCGUAUUAAUGCUUGGAUCAACACUGCCGUAAGGUACAGCUUUGUUGAACUUGAUAUCAAUGCUGGGUAUCCAUGUCAGUUGAGGACUUAUGAGUUGCCUAAAAGCCUCGUCAUAUGCAAAACACUGGUAACAUUGAAGCUGACAUCAGAAUUCAUUACCAGUGUUCCUGCAUCAGGCUGUUUCCCGAGUCUGAAGUCCCUCCAUCUUAUAUUCUUUUUAAAUGUCAACGUAUCAAUGUUUGAGGUUUUGUCCAACUGCCCUGUACUUGAAGAUUUUACUAUGGUUGGUAUCCUUCGAUACAAUGAUUCCGUGAAUUUCAACAUUGCUUCCCCUGUACUGAAGACACUAAGAAUAUGUAUUGAUACUGAGGGUGAUGUUUAUGGAUUCUCUGGUAGCUAUAGCUAUACUAUAAAUUGCCCAAAGCUUGAAACUUUUGAUGUGACAGAGGAGUUUCCAUCAACCUAUUCUUGGGGGGAAGCAAAAUCCCUAGUCAAAGCCGGAAUUUGUCUACUUCAGCAUUGUUCACAUGAUCCUAGUUUUUUCAAUGUGACUGCGCUUUUAGCAGGGGUCAGCGGCAUGGGUUGUGAAAAGAAUUCUGAUAACGACACAGGGUCAGAAUAUGAAAGAGACUCCACGAGUGAAGAGGCUUGUGAGCAUGAAGACGGCUCAGACCAUGAGAAGGGCAUCGAGAGUGAAGAGGCUUCUGAGCAUGAAGAGGGCAUAGACCAUGAGCACCAAGUGGAUCCACCAGAUUGUGUGCCUCAAUGUUGUUUAUCACACCUCAAGAUUGUCUCCAUAUUGGGCUUUACAGGAGAACGCGAUGAGUUGGAAAUGGCAAAGUACUUGCUGCAGUAUUGUCACGUUUUGAAUAAGAUGACUAUUUCUAUGGAUGAUGAUCUUAGUGUGGAUGAAAAAGAGAAGAUGUACAAGGAGAUUUUAAUGGUUCCAAGGGGUUCAAGAACUAGUACAGUUGAAUUUAUCUAG